GGAGCAGAGCGCAGGGCCGAUCGACGCGCAGGGAGCGCGGAGGCAGCGCGGAGCCGCAGGGCCGCCUCUCCCCGCCAUGGCCGCCCCGUUGGGUACCGGCGCCCGCGCGGAGGACUCCGGGCAGGAGAAACAGGACUCGCAGGAGAAGGAAACCGUCAUCCCGGAGCGGGCCGAGGAGGCGAAGCUGAAGGCCAAAUACCCCAACCUGGGCCAGAAGCCCGGCGGCUCCGACUUUCUCAUGAAGAGGCUGCAGAAAGGGCAAAAAUACUUUGAUUCUGGUGACUACAACAUGGCCAAGGCGAAGAUGAAGAACAAACAGCUGCCGACUGCGGGGCCGGACAAGAACCUGGUGACAGGAGACCACAUCCCCAAGCCUCAGGACCUCCCGCAGAGGAAAUCCUCACUUGUUGCCAGCAAGUUGGCCGGGUAGCCCACACUCACGGGCUGUGGUUUUUUUUCCCCCUAUUUUCUUUUUUCUUUUGGUUAAUUGGAUUGAACUUCACUGUACCAUAGAGCUGGGAGCACCAGAAUCCACAUAGUUAUAUGAGUACUUAUAGCAAACACACAACACAACCAAGAAGAACGUGAGAUGUUGGUAGCCCAGGCCAUGCAGGCAGACCUUUGGUGGAUUUGGUUGCACAUUUGCUUUUUGUAAGCCAGUUUGCUGCCUUAACUCUCAGCUGCUCAGAACCAUCCCUGCUUGCAGUCACUGCAGUGCUGCAUCCCUCCGUGCAGCACAGUGGCCCUGAGGGAAGCGAGGAGCACUGAGAGGAGUUGUGAGGUGUCAUCAUGUUGUGUUCUUCAGGUGUCUGUAAGGGAAGGUGCAGAGGGAGAAGUGGCAAAAGCUGAUACCCAGUCUAGUUAGGUGUGUGUGUUAGAGUUCUUAAUUAAGUGGUUGAGUUGGGAGUGUGGCUGCAAUGGAGGGCAGCAGCCUUGGAGGCUUUGCAGGCAGUUUCUCUCCUCCUGCUCUGUCCUCUCUGCCAAGGAUGCCUGCGGUGGUGAAUAGAGUGUGCUGGGAGCUGCAUAGCAUGGCUGGAACCCCAUCCCUCUGCCCCACGUGGCCCUGCUCAGAGCCUGGAGCCGUGCUGGCAAAGCACAGGGCUGGUGGUGGUGGGAUAGGUGUGAGCUGUGAGAGCAACAGGACAGAGUGGCACCCCAGGGAGGAGAAAGAGAAGAGUAUAGAGGCAAAUGUGUGUUGGCAAUGUUAUGCACCCCUGGCUUGAGGUUCUUUUGGUUUGGUUUUUUUUUCCUUUUUUUUUUUUUUUUUUCUCUCUUGCCUUUUUGUUUCAGGCUUGAAAAAAGCAAACAGAAUGAGGUCAACGUGGUGGCUGCAGCAGAGUGGGGUGCACUCGGUGCCCAUGUGGUGCUGUUGAAGCAGCUCCAGGUGUGGGGCGUUUGGUGGGGCCUUGGGCUGAGGUUUGUGCCAGGACAGCACCGAGUCCAAGCUAGGUUUAAGCCCAGUUGUAGAGGUUGAGCAGGCCCUGUGGGUUUUAUGGAGCUGUAUUGGAUCAGGAGAAAAGAAAAGAGGGAGGCAGUGGGUGAUGCACUGCACAGCUUUCCUCACGUGUGAUCCUGGCUGGGUCGCUCACGGAGCUGCACUUUGCAUUGAGCUUCCAUGCUGCUGCUCUGAGCAGGGAGCGAGGCUGUGCUCAGACACUCACAUCUGCUGUCGAGUGGUUCAAUCAGUGACUCUGGGCGAGGAGCUGUGGCCCCACAGCCGUGGACUUCGCUCUGAGGAGUGUGGCAGGGAUAGGCACUGUGCCUCAUGCUCAGCUCCUCGCCCAGCCCUGCGCUGCCUGGCCGUGCAGCCUGCUAGGAUGCUCUGCUGUUGGUCCCAGCUGCAUUGUAAAUAGAUACGAAUCAUAUAUACAAAUAUAUAUAUAAUUUUUUACAUCUUCA